AGUCUGCUCUGCUCCUCUUAAACCAGCCGACCACAUUACUUUACCUCGAUGCUCGUUGUCUAUGCAUCCACCUUAUAGCACUCCAUAAUAUCCUUUUCAUGUCGGCGACGCUCCGCUCGUUUUCUACUGUGUCGUCUCUUAGGUCAUUGGCCCGUCCUCAAGCAGCUCGUGUUGCCGUCCCAAGACAGCCUCGGAACGAUAUCCACGGCCUCCGCUUUACCCAUAGUUUCCCAAGAAAACCUGACUUCGCACCGUUUUUCCAACGUGCCCGGGUCCCGAAUCGGCGUCUCGAUAGACGUGUCCUCUGGGCACUCCCGAUAGUAGGAGGGGUCGCGCUUUAUCUGACUCCUCACAAGCCUCUAUUACUUUCUUCUGUCUUCGCUUCACCCCAUCUCAUUCCUGUACCACCACGCAACUCUGAUUCGGAAACUCUCGUUGGACCGGAAACUCAGCAUGUAAUCAACUCGCCGGACGAAGAAGGCCGGUCUCUCCUUGCACGUCUGCGCAGAAUAUUGCGCGAUUGGCUUUUUGAGCCGAUAUUCACUGCACGACGUUUCGUGCAUUUGUUCUUUAUUUUCAUUCCUGUGAUUUUGACUUCACCUGCCGUGUUAUGUGGUACGGUGCAAUUGAGACGGGGAGGUGAAAGGAGUGGUGCGCUUUGGUGGUAUUCGUUUUUAGUGAGGGCGUUGGAGAGAGCGGGGCCGACGUUUAUUAAGGUCGCACAAUGGGCGGCAUCGCGCCGAGACAUCUUCCCCACCGAACUUUGCGCGAGGUUGGGCAAAUUACAUUCAAGGGGGAAGCCACAUUCGAUCCAACAUACACGCCGUGUUAUCGAACGUGUCUUCCAACGACCCUUUGAAGAUGUCUUUGAAGAGUUUGACGAGAAGCCAAUUGGUGUCGGUGCGAUUGCUCAAGUGUACCGCGCAACAUUGCGAAAAGACGUCAUACCUCCAUCGUAUCUUGACCCGAAGCGACCACGACGUCAAGGCCGCCUAUCAUUUGAUCCGAACGUUCCUUUUGACCCGCCUCCGUCUGUGCCUUCAGCUUCCGUUGCGAUUAAGAUCCUUCAUCCGAGGGUCGAGUCUUACGUCUCGCGGGAUCUCAAAAUCAUGCACUUCUUCGCGACGAUGAUCUCGUCAAUUCCCGGUAUGCAAUGGCUCUCAUUACCUGAAGAGGUUGACGUGUUUGGUGGGAUGAUGGCGGAGCAGCUUGAUUUACGACAUGAAGCUCAGAAUUUACAGACGUUUGAACGGAACUUCAGCCAGCGCAAGUCGGCUGUAUCGUUCCCUCGUCCGCUUAUGCCGUUCUGCAGUCGGGAUGUGCUUAUUGAGGAGUACCAGACUGCAUUGUCUAUGGAAUCCUUCCUUGCGAACGGCGGUGGUCCGUACGAUAAACAUGUCGCAGAGCUUGGCUUAGACGCGUUCUUGAACAUGCUGCUGCUUGACAACUUCGUCCAUUCGGAUUUGCAUCCUGGGAAUAUCAUGGUCAAAUUUUACAGACCCUCGACACGAUUCCUCCUAAAGGGGAUGUGGAGCUCGUUAACGGGAACGAAGCAAUCCGUCGACACGCUCGGUCCUCCUCCGACUGAGUCCGAUCACGACAACGAAGUGGUCGAACAUCUUCACAAUUUAGUAUCAGACCCUCCAGCAUGGCGGGCAGAGCUUAAUCGUCUCUUCGAACAAGGCUACAUACCAGAAGUCGUCUUCAUCGACGCUGGGCUAGUGACAACACUAAACGACCGUAAUCGACGUGACUUCCUAGACCUCUUCCGCGCCAUAGCCGAAUUCGACGGGUACCGCGCCGGCGAACUCAUGGUCGAACGUUGUCGUUCACCCCAACUCGCUCGGGACCCCGAAACAUUCGCAUUACGCAUGCAACAUAUCGUCUUACAAGUUAAACGCAAGACUUUCUCUCUCGGACAAAUCAAAAUCUCAGAUAUUUUGAUUGAAGUUUUCCGUGCGUUACGGGAACAUCACGUCAAGCUUCGAGAGGAUUUUGUGAAUACUGUUGUUUCUGUUUUGAUUUUGGAAGGGAUUGGGAGGCAAUUGAAUCCGGAGUUGGAUUUGUUUAAGAGUGCGUUGCCGAUUUUGAGGCAGUUGGGGAAGCAGAUGGCUCAGCAGGAGAGGAUUGAGGCUGUGAAGGAGUUGCCGAAGAGUGAUUUGGGGGCUUAUUUGAAGUUAUGGGCAUUCCUCGAAGUACGUCAACUCGCCUCAGGUAGUACCGGAGAAGUGGACGACCUCGUCCGAGAUGGCCUGCUUGUUCCCAGCAUAUAGAUGCAUGCUAGAAAGGGAGUUGUAGAUGCGUGACGCGUGUCCAGGGCGGACACACGAUCGGAUAGAAUUAAACCAAAAGACUGUAGCUUAUGCUGGUAUAAUUUUGAUGACUACUCAAUGCGAAUUAAAUUACAUGCAAUAUCCC